AUGGGAAAUGCAACUCAUCAGGGUCAACAAAAUUUUGGCAAUACAUAUAAUCCAAAUUGGAGGAACCACCCUAAUUUCUCAUGGGGUGGAAAUCAAGCACAGAAUACAAAUCAGUAUAAGGGACCAGUGCAACCAAAUCCACAGCCGGUGCAGAAUAAUCAGUUAGGUCAAAUCGCAGGAUCGCAGAAUACAAGGCCACAAGGAGUAUUGCCUAGCGACACUGAGGCUAAUCCUAAACAAGUAAAUGCGGUUACAACGAGGAGUGGGCUACAAACGAAGGAGAUGGUGAAGGAUCAGGGCAAUUCUGUGGUUACUGAUGAUAGCUUGCAAGAGAAUGCAGAAGUGGAAGACAAAGAAAAGAGGCUAGUGAAGAGAUUCAAUGUGUCGAAAUAUACAAAAUACUUGAAAGAUAUUGUUGCCAAUAAGAAUUGGUUGACUGAAUAUGCUACAGUUGCAUUUACUCAGAAGUGCACUUCUAAAAUUCAAAAUAAACUGCCCACGAAAUUAAAGGAUCCGGAAAGUUUCACAUUACAGAUUACCUUUGGUCAAACUAUUUAUGCACGUGGAUUGUGUGACUUAGGAGCUAGCAUAAAUCUUAUGCCCACGUCAUGGUACCAGAAGAUGGGUCUUGGAAGCUCCAAGCCUACUACUAUUGUGUUGCAGUUGGCAGACAGGUCACUUGCUAGACCAGAUGGUGUUAUUGAAGAUGUACUCGUUCAAGUGGGGUCUUUGAUCUUUCUUGUGGAUUUUGUGAUUCUCGACUUUGAGGUUGAUCCAAUUGUUCCAUUUAUUUUGGGAUGA